ACAAACACUACUCAGCGUUUAGCUUCCAGUCGUUUAGAAUUAAACGCGGAUUAAACGAAGAAAUGCACUGAUCUAUAUAAAUAUAAAUAUAAGACUAUAGUAUAGAUCAGUGAAGAAAUGGCGCAUCUAACGACAAAUCCCGCGGAUAAAGAGCGGUUUAUGUGCAUUUAUCCAGCAUACAUCAACAGUAAAAAGACAUUAGCAGAAGGCAGAAGAAUACCUGCAGAAAAGGCGGUGGAGAACCCGUCGUGUGCUGAGAUCCGGGACGUCCUGACCGCUGCUGGACUCAAUGUUCUGGUGGAGAACAAGAUGUAUCCACGCGAAUGGAACCGAGACGCUCAGUUCAGAGGAAGAGUGCGCAUUCAGCUCAAACUCCAGGACGGCAGUCUGUGCCAAGACAAGUUUGCAUCUAGGAAAGAUGUGAUGUUUUAUGUGGUGGAGAUGAUCCCGAAACUGAAGAGCAGAACGCAGAAGAGCGGUGGAGCGGAGGCCGGAUCGCAGCAGGGAGAAGGAGGGAAGAAAGGAAAGAAGAAGAAGAAGUAGACGACUGAAGAUCGUCCGUCAUCUGUUUGCAAAGCGGCUCAGUUUUACUUCCUCUUUGACGAUCGGCUGAUUUUAGUUUUUUAUUAUAAACACUCACUUUCAUGAGCGGCGCGUCGUUCUUUAGUUUUUUUAAUAUUUGAUGACCUCUAACACUUUGAACAGCGAGACAGAGGUGUUUCUGUUAAUUAGUGAUGAUGGAUUGUGUUUAAACGAGCGCUGACAGAGCUUGAAAUACAUGGGCGGCUCGUAUGACAGGAUCUUUCGACACGUCUGUGUGUCUGUCAGUGUGUUGUCCUCCAGCGCAGCUGUUCUCGCCUGCCCUCGCAUGAAUAUUUCCAUCUGAAUGUGUGAAAUAAAGAGAAUGGAGCAGCA